UUAUGUCAGAAUUAUGUAAGCUUUAAGUAAACUACGCACUCACUAAAAGUUCUGUCAAGUUCAGAAUUUCUUGCUCCCAUCCAGCAGAGGGAGAUACAAUUUUCUAAAAGUCACUGAGAUUUUUUUUUUUAAUCACUAAGAUCCUCCUUCAUCCAGAAAAGCUAUCAGAUCUUCAGUCAGAUCAUCAGAUUUCUUUAAUUUGGAAGACAAAGAAGAACAACAACAAAAACAGACUAUGACAGAAGAACAAAAGAUUUCUCCUAGAUGGCGAGUGGGCAGCUGUCGAGGGAGGAGGCCCUUGCGUGCUCGGGCUGCAGGCACGCGUGCCAUGUGAUGCUGUACGCCGACACAGCAUCCAAGCUGUUUGGGAGAACUCCCAUCAGACACAUCGUUCUGAUGCAGAUGCGCUUUGACGGUCUGCUGGGUUUCCCUGGCGGUCUGGUUAACCCGGAGGAGGAGAGUCUGGAAGCGGGGUUGAGCAGGGAACUGCUGGAGGAGCUGGGCCUGGAGGUGCCCAUCACUGAGGAGGACUACGUGGAAACCUGCCACGCUCCUCCGAUCUCCUCCAACUCCAGGUCUCACCUGAUCCUUCACUUCUACGUGAAGAAGAUGGAGGAGGAGCAGAUCAGGGAGGUGGAGAAAGCGGCCGCAUCCACCGCCGUGGAUCACGGGCUGGAGGUCAUGGGGAUGGUCAGGGUUCCGCUCUUCAGGACCAACCAUAACGGCGGCCUCUCGUUCUUCCUGACCCACUCUUUCAUCGGCAACGCUCGCUCCCAGCUGAUCACCUCUCUGCUGCGCCUCAACCUCGUCUCCCCACAGACGCUGGCGAAAGCGCUCAGAAAGUCUCUGAGGAUGCACGCCGAGACCCGGGAGGAUCUGAGGGCGGCCCUCGCGUUCGCAGAGCGCAGCACGGCUGCUGGUGCACAGCCCUGACACAUCUUCUUUUACAAAAACAAAAAAUAAAGUUUCUUUAAUGCUUUUCUCA